CACAAUAACAUCUAAGUCGGCUCAUUUUAGAUCUACUGUAGUCGACUGCUCUUCGAAAACUGUAAAAAUGUUUAAAUUAAUCCUAAUAGUAUCUGCGAUUAGACUUACAGUUGCUGACUGUCCAAGUGGAUGGCACAGUUUUGGUGAGUCAUGUUACAACUUCAGCAGUGACGAAUUUAGCUGGGCUGGAGCAUUCUCAAUGUGUAAGAUACUGGGAGGUUAUCUGGUUGAAAUCGAUAGCGAGAGUGAAGACAACUUUUUGAAUGGUGUGGCAAAACAAUUAAAUGACAGAUACUCUAGUUCACAUGGUUACGGUGUGUCGACAGUGAGCCCACCAGAUUUGACACAAUUAAUGCGCACCAGCUAUUGGAUCGGACUCACGGACUUGAAUGAAGAAGGUACCUGGGUAUGGAUGACCAGUAUGAAGUCACUAAACUAUACAAACUGGGAUGGAUGUAAAACCUGUGAUACCGGCUACGACACAAAUUGUGCAGCAGGAUUGAUGUAUCCAAGUGGACACUGGCGGAUAGAGAAAUGUUUUCGAGGAAGAUAUUUUGUUUGUGAGAUGGAUAGUGUUUAACUGAUUAAAGAAAAAUAAAUGCAAAAUUAUG